AUGAAGCCUGACCCUAGGCCGCAUCUGAACAUUGUAUUCAUUGGCCAUGUUGAUGCUGGCAAGAGCACGACUUGCGGCAACAUCCUUUACCUCACGGGGGGUGUCGACUCCAGAACCAUUGAGAAAUACGAAAGAGAGGCAAAGGAGAAAAACAGGGACUCUUGGUUCCUAGCGUUCGUGAUGGACACGAAUGAAGAGGAGCGGCAAAAGGGCAAGACAGUGGAAGUAGGCCGUGCCUACUUCAGCACUCCCAACAGACGUUUCACGCUGCUGGAUGCUCCAGGACAUAAGGCUUUCGUACCCAACAUGAUUGAAGGUGCAGCUCAGGCAGACAUUGGGGUGCUCAUUAUUUCCUCCAGGAAAGGCGAAUUCGAGACAGGAUUUGAAAAAGGUGGACAAACGAGGGAACACACGUUGCUAGCGAAAACCUUGGGAGUGUGUCAGCUGGUCGUGGCAGUGAAUAAAAUGGAUGAAUCAACGUGCCAGUGGAAUGAAGAACGAUACCGAGAAAUUAUCAGGAAGACAAAAGCUUUUUUUCAAGGCUGCGGAUUCGUUCUGGGGAAAAACUUGGUAUACAUCCCGAUUUCGGGCCUGGCAGGACAGAACCUGAAGUGCCAUGUCUCGCGAAAGGAUAGUCCCUGCUUCGACGCUAAGGCUUCCUGGUAUAGUGCAGAGGAGCCGACACUAUUUGAAGUGCUUGACGGCCUGACACCUCCCCCUAGGAAGCCGAAUGCGGCUCUGAGGAUCCCUAUUCUAGACGGGUACAAGGAUAACGGCGUGACAGCGUUGGGGAAAGUGGAGGCUGGCACAGUCACCUUUGGCAUGACCGUUGUUUUGAUGCCUAACAAGAAGCGCGUGAAAGUUUCUGGCAUUUACAUUGAUGAGGACGAUGUGGGAUACGCAAGUGUAGGGGAAAACGUUCGCAUCAAGCUGCUGGGGUGUGAAGAGGACGCCCUCUAUAGCGGCGCUGUUUUGUGCUGCCCGGAGGCUCCCUGCCCAGUGGCUAGUAAGAUUCUCGCCUAUGUGAAAGUCAUGGAGUUGUUGGAGCACCGGCCUCUCCUCACUGCGGGCUACACAUGCAUAAUGCAUGUGCAUACUGCACGGGAAGAAGUUAUGUUGGGCAAGCUUCACGAGUCUUCUGACGGGAAAAAGAAGAAGACGAAUCCGCAGUUCGUGAAGAGCGACUGUCUGGUCAGCAUCGAGAUUUUGCUCUCAAAGCCCAUGUGCGUGGAGGAGUAUGAGGCCUGUUCCCAGCUAGGGCGCUUCACGCUUCGUGAUGAAGGGAAGACUAUUGCCGCAGGGCGCAUAACAAAGAUCCUUGAGUUUGCCUAG